AAUUGUGCACGUGUUCCAUCAGCACAGCAUUGUGGGUGCUAUCAUAAUCCACUUCCUCCACUUCAAGAAGCGCCAUUUUCGGCGUUGUCAUUACAGCAUGUCGCUAAUGUUUAUGGCAUAAUAAGAACGAAUUUCACUGUGUGUUAUUAUACGUUAGCUUUCCAAGUACUAUCUGAAAGAUGGGGCGAAAGAAGAAGAAGCAGAUGAAGCCAUGGUGCUGGUAUUGUAAUCGAGAUUUCGAUGAUGAAAAGAUCCUCAUCCAACAUCAAAAGGCCAAACAUUUUAAGUGCCAUAUAUGUCACAAGAAGUUGUACACUGGUCCAGGGCUGGCAAUCCACUGUAUGCAGGUUCACAAAGAGACCAUCGACGGGGUCCCCAACGCUAUACCAGGAAGGGUAGACAUAGAAUUGGAAAUCUAUGGCAUGGAAGGAAUUCCAGAGAAGGAUAUGCAGGAGAGGAGACGGACAUUGGAACAAAAGCAGGAGAGCCAGAAGAAGAAGCAGAAUCAGGAUGACUCUGACGAGGAUGACGACGAUGAUGAUGCUCCAGGCCCUUCGUUCAUUCAGCAACAGAUGCCUGCUGCCCAGCCCCAGGCUAGCUACGUCCCUCCCAUGGCCCAGCCCAGCAUCCCCCCCGGGGCCAGGGCUCCAGGCAUACCACCAGGAGCUUACUCAGGAAUGCCCCCUAUGAUGCCAGGUCACGGUGUCCCGCCCAUGAUGCAUGGGAUGCCCCCUGGUAUGCACGGAAUGCCACCAGGCAUGAUGCACGGGAUGGGAGGGAUGAUGCCUCCAAUGAUGCAAGGGAUGCCCGGUAUGCCGCCAGGAAUGCCACCUCACAUGGGUCACCGUCCUGGUAUUCCCCACAUGGCCCAGGCCCCCACCCCGGCAGGGAUGCCCCGACCCGCAGCAGCUGCCCCUGCUGCCGUCAGCAAGCCCCUGUUCCCCAGCGCAGUACAGAUGGGCUCUCAUGUUCCAAACACCAUCACAGCCUCUCCCAGUAGCACUGCAGACUCUCAGUCUGCUGCCUCUAAGCCUCUGUUGUCUAACACUCCACAAGCCCAGCAGAGUGCCUCUGGAGCUGUGCCCCACAGCGCGCCCUCCACCUCAUCUGACCCUCCCAAAGCAACAUUCCCCGCCUACACCCAGUCCUCUGCCUCCUCCUCUAACCCCCCUAGUAACACCGUAGCCAAGCCCCCUGCCACAGUGACCAGUAAGCCAGCCACCCUCACCACCAUGAGUGCAACCAGUAAGUUGAUCCACCCUGAUGAGGAUAUCUCACUGGAGGAGCGACGGGCUCAGUUGCCCCGGUACCAGCGUAACGUGCCCAGGCAGGGGCAGGUCCACAUGUCUGCCCCUCCUGUGGCGGCUGUGGGCAGCAUGAUGCCCCCACAGCAGGGCAUGCCCCCCCAGCAGCCUGGCAUGAGGCACCCUAUGCAUGGUCAGUAUGGUGGUCCCCCCCAGGGCAUGCCUGGCUACAUGCAGGGCGGGAUGCCUCCGUAUGGGCAGGGCCCUCCGAUGGGAUACCAAGGAGGGCCUCCCAUGGGCAUGAGGCCCCCCGUCAUGUCUCCUGCAGGACGAUACUGAAGAAGUCGCAACGACCUGGCCCCUCACUAGGUUUGGCGGUUAAACCUUUUCUCACCUUGUGCUUUUUAAAACUAGCCCAAGCCAAUGAGCAGUAAGACCAACCAGUGAUGGUGAAGAAAAGUAUUGAUGAGAAAAAAUAUAUAUACGCAGCACACGGACAUUUAACAUGACAUCUUUAAUGGGGAAAAAACAUAGAAAAAACAAAACACACCAACUUGAUGAUAAUGACAACUUUGUCGUUGUGCAGAUUUGAUACAUGUAUGGUGUUUUUCUUCUCAUGUUUCACUCAGGUUUGUAGAAGUGAAGUGUGUUAAAUAUGGUUCAUAUUGUUUUGACUGCUCGCUGCUGGAGUAACAUGAUCGUACCCCCCCCUUACAAAAAGGCAAGUUUCCUGUAAAUAUAUGAUUUUCUGUUGUGUAGAGUAAGUCGGUGACGAGGCCCUCACAGCACACUUUGUGUGUUGUUGGACGCCCUGUCCCCAACCGUAUGGUUGGUGAGGGUCCUCCUUUAUGAUGACGAUUCCAACUGUUUAGUAGUUUACCACCAGAUCUAUGGAUUAUUAUUAUCUAUCAGUCUCUAGCUUCAUUCUUAUUUCAGGUUUAUUCCAUGAUCAAAAGGGUAACUUGUGUGAAUUUAUUCUCUGUACUGUUUUAAACAAUCUAUGUUGUAAUAAAACUCACUUAAAAUCCAA